AUGAGCCAAGACAACAGUGCCGGCUUUACUGAGGCGGAACUUCGACAGCCCGGUCGCUACAACAUCCAGCUGAGCGAUACAGGGUCGGUGAAUAGCUCCAGCACCGACCUCGUCAAGAAUCAGCAUCAUGCUUUCAAGAAGCAGAAACUGGAUCUCCAAGGCCUGUCUGCUGAUUUUGCCGUCAUUGUGCUGCCGUUUGGCCUUGUUAUUUUCUCCUUUCUCGUCCUGCGCCUCGAUGGGAUUUCUGUCGACAAGGAAGUAUUUGCACAAUGGCAAAAUGCCAUCACUGUUUGCCAGCUUGCCACUCUGUUUCCCAUUCUAUUUGCUGCAAUAUUUGGACGUCUCAUCUACCAGAUGGCAAGAUGGAGUCUGGAAAGAGGCACCUCAUUGGGCUCUCUGGAGCAGCUGAUGGGUAGUCGAACCGUCGGGGGUGCUGUCCUCACUCAGUUCCAGCUCAAGGCCUUGAACCCCCUGGCCAUCUCUCUGAUACUCGUUUGGGCUGUAUCCCCCCUGGGCGCGCAGUCCAUACUGCGUAUGCUGGGCUCCCGACUUGACGAGCGAGGACACGAUUCAAAUGUUGUUUAUUUCAAUACGGAUGCUGAAUCACAGCCCUCCCACAAGGAACUUACGGCAGGAGUGUCAGAAUACACCCUUGAAUUCUUGUCAUCCUUGGGGACCAUGUUUGGCGCUGCCCUCAUUUCGCCCAAGUCAAUCAAGAGGGACUCGAUGGAUGUUUGGGGCAACGUCAAGAUCCCCUUCCUGAAGUCGGACGAUAAUGACGGCUGGCAGAGCGUCUCGUGGACAUCCAAGCUCGAGCAUUACUCUGCUCUGGUUGGUGUCCCGGUGGUCAACGUCUCGAUGGGGAACACCACCUUUUCUCUCGAGUCGAGCUACAUUGACCUCAAAUGCUCCAACAUUACUCGGAUGGAUACGUAUGGCGUUGCUCAGUACCGGGACUUUGACUGGCCCUAUUGGUCGUCGCCGGGGCCUUUCAAGAACGGCACCUGGUACGGCUUCAACAACACGUUCCAAGACGAGUAUCGUCGUUCCUGGGCCAUCGCCCUGAACAGAUUUGUCGAUCUGUAUUGGGCCAAUAGCACGCUGGUCAUGGAAAGAGCCCCGGAUGCCUUCAACCUAGCAGACGCGGCCCUGACCCGACCCGCCGCCUUUGUGAACGAGACAGGGAUCGAGGUCAAACCGGCAAAGCUCUACUUCCAGGCCCAGCUCAGCAACACCAUGAUGCGGGAACUACCCGGCCUCACAGCUUACUGUGAUAUCGCGCAAAAGUAUGUCGAGUCUCGCGUGACGUGCCGACGGACGACUUCGACCGGCCAGCAGAACUGCACCGUCACGGCACAGAGGCCUUCGCAACGACAACACGCGCCCGAGGCCAUCACACACCUCUCUUUCCCCGCCGUGUUUCGGUGGAUAUCUAAGUAUAUGCCACUGGCAACGGCAGUACGAAACGCCGGAGUAUGUGACCUCGUUCUGCAGUACCUGGACAUGCCAGGCCUAGAUACCAUGAACAACGAUGUAUCCGGCGGGUUUAUUAAUGUCGACCAAGAGUUGUUCAGCCUGCGGCUAAGCCAAGUGCUAAACACGUAUAUACUCCUGGGCCAGAUGUAUCUUCGAGCCGUCGGCAGCACCAAAACUAACAACUGGAUCAAGGACAAGUGGAACGUGACAACGCCGGUCGAGGUAGUCAACCUGGUCGAGGUCUACUCAGUCACGGGGCUGUGGAUGGGCUUCUGCAUCUUCUCGUGCAUCGCGCUCAGUGUCAGCGGGAUCCUCAGCGUCUUCUUCACUCACCUGGCCAGCGGGCCCGACGUGCUCGGGUACGCGUCGACGCUGGUGCGGGACUCGCGGUACAUACAGCUGCCGCCCGAGACGGGACAGAUGGGCGGGGCCGACAUGACGGUCGAGAUGAGGGACAUGAGGGUCCGGUAUGGGUUCACGGGACAGAACUCCAAGGGGCAGGUGUGGGUAGGAGUUGGGCGGGAGAAGGAGACGAAACGAAUAAGAGAUUACAUCGUACAAGACUAG